AUUUCGAUAAAGUCGAAGCUUUUCUUCAAUCUUGCUUGAAAAGUUUGUCGAAAUUCAUCGAUUUCUAUUCGCUGCGUGUCUUUAACCUAACCCAGUUCUGUGCAGUCUGUACUGUAGUAAGGAGAACAUGGGUAAUCUAUUUUGUUGUAUACAAGUCGAUCAAGCUACAGUAGCUAUGAGGGAACGAUUUGGUAAGUUUGUGGAAGUUCUGGAGCCUGGAUGCCAUUGCAUGCCUUGGUUUCUUGGGCAUCAAGUUGCUGGUCAUCUCUCUCUGCGUUUGCAGCAAUUGGAUGUGCGUUGUGAGACCAAGACCAAGGACAAUGUUUUUGUCAAUGUUGUUGCCUCUAUUCAAUAUCGUGCUCUGGCAGACAAAGCAAAUGAUGCUUUCUACAAACUCAGUAACACUAGGUCUCAAAUUCAGGCCUAUGUUUUUGAUGUGAUCAGAGCGAGCGUUCCUAAGCUUCUUCUGGAUGAUGCUUUUGAGCAAAAGAAUGAAAUUGCAAAAGCUGUGGAAGAUGAGCUUGAGAAGGCCAUGUCUGCUUAUGGUUAUGAGAUCGUACAAACUCUCAUUGUUGACAUAGAACCAGAUGAGCAUGUAAAGCGUGCAAUGAAUGAAAUCAAUGCUGCUGCAAGAAUGAGGGUGGCAGCUAAUGAGAAGGCAGAGGCAGAGAAGAUUUUGCAAAUUAAACGAGCUGAGGGUGAGGCUGAGUCCAAGUACCUGUCUGGGCUGGGUAUAGCUCGUCAGCGUCAAGCAAUUGUAGAUGGUCUGAGAGACAGUGUGCUGGGAUUUGCUGUUAAUGUUCCAGGGACCACUGCGAAAGAUGUCAUGGACAUGGUUCUUGUCACUCAAUAUUUUGACACAAUGAAGGAAAUUGGUGCCAGCUCGAAAUCCUCUGCUGUGUUCAUUCCCCAUGGUCCUGGUGCCGUUCGUGAUGUAGCUUCUCAGAUCCGUGAUGGACUUCUUCAGGGUUCUCACCAGUAGUUGCACAGUUCUACAAGCUUCUCGUUAUAUUAGAUUUUGGGAUCAUUUUGAUGUUCAGUGUGUUCUAGAUUCUGAUUCCUGGUCUCCUUGUUUCUUCAUUAGUGCUGCUGUAAAGGCUUUUAAGAUUUGUGGUUAGUCGUAUAUCAAUCUUAUUCAAGGGCCCUAGUUCUUCGUCUUCAAACUUGAA